AUGGCCCCUACCUGGAUCGCUACCGAGCGUGUAUUCGAUGAGAUUAUGGGCGAGGGACCUUUCGACGAUGAACUACCCGAGAUGGAAUGGUGGAGGAGUCUUCCCGUGGUACCUGUCGUCGGUAGCGUGCUCUUUCGCCAACAAACUCGUAGACGAUGGAAGCCAGUGACACUCGCGAGCAUGUUGACACGUGUCCCGAAUAUCAAGGAACUUUGUUACGAACCUCGGAGAGAAUUGGGGAUUAUUGAGAUCCAAACCGACGGCUGGACUAAAAAUCUAAUCGAGUCCUUUUCCUCGACACAAUUGUGCAAGCUGACCAUAUUCGAGAACUUCAACGAGUCUUACCGAGAUAGAUGGCACAGGACGAUACGCUUCCCAUGUCCCGCUAUCAGAGUUCCGAAUCCCGCCGUAAGCCAAAAGCUUGCCUACGCUAGCUUGCGUCUUAAAACACUAUCCGCCUCUUUCAUGGUCGACGCCGGUUAUUUCUUCGCAGCGCGUCAACGCUUUUGGACGUGGGACAUGCUAACGUCACUUGCGCUGACAUCAAGUACCCUCACUAACGACGCUAACCCCGUGGAUAUAAACAACAUGCUCCAAAGCGCCGCAGCCGCUACCCUCAAGAUGCCAAGUCUGGACACAAUAGAGAUAUGGAACGGUAGACGAGGUUUGGCAAUGGUCUUUCGGUAUGAGAGGGCUCGAGAUUGGCAACCGGCGAUCAUCACCAUACGAGGGACGUGGGAGUUUAAACUGGCGCCUGCGGUUAGGCGAGCUUGGGAUGCGGUCGCUCACGAAGAGGUCGUCGUGCAAAGGUCGUUGAUCGAUUUGGAUAAAAUACGAAGCCACGGGGAUGCGACCCGCAAGUUGGGAUUGUCUGCCGAGGUUGUUCGACCUGUCUCGCUACAACAAAUCCUGAUCGAAAAUUGGUUUCAGGCAUGA